AAGUUCAACCUUGGUUGAAUCGAAUACAUUACAAAGACAAGCUAUUUCAUGUUCAAACUGAUAACCUUGAUUGUUUUCCGGAAAUAAUCACUAAAUAAUUUUACAGCUCUAACACAUUCUAAAAAACAGCUGGGACAGUUGGCCAAAAUGUGGUGGAAUGCUCAUUAAACACCCGCUUGGAGUAUCCCACAAGUGAACAGGGUGACUGGGAUCAGCUUGGAGUCAUUCAAAAGCAAAAAUGGGGCAAGGUCCACCUCUUUGUGAACAACUGUUGUGAGAAAAUAGUCCUACGGUUUAAAGGACCAUUCAUGCUGAAAGACACUUCACAGGUUUUGUCAACGUCUUUUUCAUGGACAUGAAGAAAGAAUGGGAAAGAAUUCCACCUACAAAGCGUCAAGAGUUUGUGUCCUCACUUCUCAAACGUUGAGUGAAUGUUGUUAAAAGAAAAGGUGAUGUAACACAGUGGUUAACAUGACCCUGUGCCUGCUUUUUUUUUUUUUUUUUGUGGGUUUGUAGGUAUGACCUUUGUAUCCUUCUUGCCCCACUCCAAGCGGGUUACUCCAACAUACCUAGUACAUUUUGAUUGUUAAACUUUAUCUGUCAGUUCUUCCUUGGUGCCUUGUGAAAAGAUGUUUGAAGACAUCCUGCAGGCUCCUGUUUUGCUCUCUUUAUCGGGGACCUUCGCCACGUUGCUGGCCAUCCGUCUUCUCUUGAGCUUCCGAAGCCAACCUAAGUUGGUACCUCCAGGGCCCAGACCGCUCCCCCUGCUCGGGAACCUGCUUCAGGUGGAUCUCAAGAGACAGCACGAGUCUCUUUUCAGUCUGUCCAAAACCUAUGGACCGGUUUUCACGGUCUACUUUGGACCCAAGAAGGUGGUGGUCCUGGCCGGAAGCAAGACAGUUCGACAGGCCCUCAUCAACUAUGCCGAGGAGUUUGGGGACAGAGACAUGAAUCCGCUCUUCUACGAUUUGACCGAAGGACAUGGCAUCAUAUUUGCCAACGGGGAAUCAUGGAAGGAAAUGAGACGUUUCAGCUUGACGACGCUGAGAGACUUCGGGAUGGGCAAGAGGCUCAGUGAGGAGAAAAUUAUCGAGGAGUGUCACUUCCUCAUCGAAGAAUUUGAACAACACAAAGGUGAAGCCUUUGACAACGCGAAAAUCAUGACCUUCGCAGCUUCCAAUAUCAUCUCGGCAAUCAUGUUCGGCAAGAGGUUCGAAUACGAAGACAAGGUUUUCCAAGACAUGGUCGAGAGAGACCUAGAGAGCAACCUUCUGGCUGGAUCGGCCGCUGUCACGCUAUACAAUUUUUUCCCCUGGCUGGGCCCCUACCUCAAAGCCUGGAGAGAUUUGAUGCGCAACAUGGAUAUUAACAAGCAGCAUACAAGAAACAUCAUAGCCAAGUUGAAGGAGACGCUCAACCCUGACAUUUGCAGAGGGUUUGUCGAUGUUUUCUGCACACGGAUGAAAAAUCUGGAGCAUGAAACCCAGAAGCUGCACUACCACGACGACAACCUGGUCAGCAGCGUGAUAAAUUUGUUCGGGGCGGGCACUGACACCACAGCCAAGACGCUUUCUUGGAGUCUGCUUUAUAUGGCCAAGUACCCUCAAAUUCAAGAUCAAGUCCAAGAGGAGCUGAGCAGGGUGGUCGGAGUCCGACAGGUCCAAACGGAGGACCGCAAGAACCUGCCUUUUGUGAACGCCGUCAUCCAUGAAACGCAGAGGCUGGCUAACAUCGUCCCCAUGGCCAUCCUGCACCAAACCAGCAAAGACAUCACUUUCCAGGGUUACUUCAUCCCAAAGGGAACCACUGUCCUUCCUCUGUUGACUUCCGUCCUCUACGACGAGAGUGAAUGGGAGACGCCAAACACCUUCAACCCUUCCCACUUCCUGGAUGAGGAGGGUAACUUCAUCAAGAGGGAUGCUUUCUUGCCCUUCUCUGCAGGCCGCAGGAUGUGUCUGGGCGAGGGUCUGGCCCGGAUGGAGCUCUUCCUCUUCUUCACGUCCCUCCUCCAGCGCUUCCGCUUCACUCCUCCACCCGGGAUUUCUGAGGACGAGCUGGAUUUGAAGCCCGUGGUGGGCUUCACCCUCCGCCCCACGCCUCACCGGCUGUGUGCCGUCAGGCGCCACUGAGGAGGAGUUUUUAAUCUGAAACCCCUUUGCACUCAAUCAAAUGUGAUGCAGUGAACCCUCGCAAAUUCACAGUUCGGCAUUCCCUAUUUGCGGCUUUUAUUCGGGUGCCUAUCUACCAUUAUUUGCCAAAAUUGUUUCCAUUUUAAGCAGUGGGUAUUAGAAUACAAAAAGUGCAACUGCAAUAAUAUUAACAAUGCCCACUGGCAUAUGUUCUGUAUUCAGUGCAAAAAAAAAAUAUUGAUAUUACUGCAGUUUACUGAGCAAAUGUAGCCAUCUACUUUGUGUCAGAUGUGGGAAAAAAAUGACGAAACCUCACUGCUGAUGAACGAAAACCCCAUCGUGGUCACGGAAAUAACUUGAAUCUGACGGGAGUAACAAUAAAUAAGAAUUUAAUGACAUCUCUA